AUGGAUGCCCGUGAAGCGGCCCAAUAUGGGAAUCUGCCGCUGCUAGUGCAUUUAUUGGAUUCAGGUACCGUCUCGCCAACCUGGACAGACGCCGAUGAAUGCUCUUUAUUACAUUGGGCAGCUAUCAAUAAUAGAUAUGAGGCAGCCGAAUUCCUGAUCUCAAGAGGCUGUAAAGUUAAUGCUGUUGGUGGUAUCCUAUCGUCCACUCCACUACACUGGGCUGCUCGCCAGGGACAUGUCAAAAUUGUGGCCCUCUUAGCAAGGAAUGGGGCCGAUUUACUAAUUCGAGAUGUCGAAGGCUUCACCGCGCUGCACGUGGCCGCCCAAUUCGGCUGCACGCCAGUUGUCGCGUAUCUAGUCGCUAUCGGCCAAUCGGUCGAUUGCCCGGACGUCUCGAGAAUGACGCCAGUAAUGUGGACAGCCUAUAAAAUCCAUCAAGCCGAUCCACUAAAGCUGCUGCUCACAAUGGGAGCCGACGUCGACCGUGCCGAUCUCACUUUUAAUAACACGGCACUGCACUGGGCCGCGAUGCAGGGCAAUUCAACGGCUGUCGGGUUGUUAUUGAAAGCCGGAGCCGAUCAAUCACUUACAAACCGAGAAAAUGAUACCCCGCUCAAUUUGGCUGACCGCCGAGGCGACCUGACCACGCUGAAGUUGUUGCAAAGAGAUGCGAGAAGGCGCGGACUAAUAUCAUCUACUUUUAAGCAGAGAUUAUCAGAGCAUCCAGUAACUGCGCAAAGAGCCCUCUGCAUUUUACCCUUUUUGAUCUAUUCAAUUCUCGCCGUUAUUGCCCACCUCGAGGUCGAAUCCUCUAUGAAGCUAAUGGCUGUCGUAGCAUUUGCCUUGCUCAUGAAAAUGUGCUUACCUAAAUUCUCGUCCGACUACUUCAAUAACGUCUUGCCAGUGAGCGUUGCAUUAUCAACGAAAGUGACAAUAAUACUCACGUGGUUCUUCUACCUCCAGGCCAUCUCAUCUUGGUACCUCCAAAUUGCAUUCACCGUCAUCAUCUUUGUGGUGCCGUUCGUUUUUAUGUCGCUGUGCUAUUCGGAUCCGGGUUUUGUGCAACCGAAUUAUAAGCAAAGAUGUGUUGCGAUUACACGGGUAGCCGAAGGUCUUCCCGACCUCGGGAAUGGCGUAUUUUGCCCAACCUGCUUGAUUUUCCGACCGCCGCGAAGCAAACAUUGCGCCCGCUGUGAUCGUUGUGUUCUCAGGUUCGACCAUCACUGCCCGUGGGUGUCGAACUGUAUCGCCAGGGAGAAUCACCGUUCCUUCCUCGCCUAUCUUUCCCUAUUAGUCGCUGCCACCGGACUCUUUGCAUAUUCUUCAAUUAACUACUUCCAAGAAUACUGUGGCGCAACCUUCGAAGAUAUCCUCGAGUGCAAUGAGUGGCUCGCCUUCACGCUAAUCAUCUCGGUUUGCGUGUUUUUGUGGAUUGGCGCGAUGCUGGUGCUUCAACUCUAUCAGAUCACAUUUAACGUUACCACCAAUGAAAGGCUAAACAUCGAACGGUACCCCCAUAUCGGCUACGGGUCCACUAAACUUCACAUAAAAACGCCAUUUUCAAAAGGAUGUUCACACAACGUUCGCGAAUUCAUCUUUGCCGAUCGCAAAAUGCUGCUA